GGGAGAAUCAAAACCAACAUGGUCUCCCCAUGUCCUCUGUUCCCCUUUUCCCCCUUCCCCCUUGUGUCAUCUCAGUAGGAAUCAGCUUUCUCUUACUCUACCCAGAGCUUUGUUCCUCCUCAGACUGUGACAAGACUCCAGGAAACCAGGAUGGAUUACAGCUCGUUUAGUGGAGUCCCCCGGUUCUUGACCCGGCCGAAGGCCUUUAUGGUGUCCGUGGGGAAGGAUGCCACCUUGAGUUGCCAAAUCAUUGGGAACCCCAUUCCAGUUGUGAGCUGGGAAAAGGAUAAACUUCCAGUCCAGUCUGGAGGAAGGUUUAAAACCACAGAAGAUGGGGAUCUCUACAGGCUAACAAUCUAUGACCUGAGCCUAGAGGACAGCGGCCAAUAUAUCUGCCGGGCCAAGAACACCAUUGGGGAAGCUUUUGCAGCUGUCAGUAUCAAAGUUGGAGAGGAGACCACAGUAACAGAGUCAGCCCCAUACUUCAUCCAAAAACCCACGUCCAUCAAAGUAACUUUGGGAGAAGAUGCCAUGUUCAAAUGCAAAGUUCAGGGCAGCCCGCCGCUCUCUGUGAACUGGGAAAAAGAUGGGAGACACCUGCGGCACCGGGCUGAUGCCAACCGCUUCCAGAUCGAGUCUGCUGGGGAGUCGAAUGCGCUCACCAUCCAGUGCACACGGCUCGGGGACAGUGGCACGUACACAUGCCGAGCAGAGAAUCCUAUCGGCUCUGCUAGCGCAUCAGCUGCCCUGGUCGUGGAAAGGCAGGGCUCUCACAACCCGGGCAGCAGCAGCUAUUUCGAUACCAGCUGCGGCAAGACCGUUUCCCUGUUGUCUCACUUGCAAAAGAGGCGGGAGGAGAUCAGGAAGAUGGAUAUUUCCCACAGUGCUCUUGAUUCCUUGUCCGCUCAGUCUUAUUCCAUGACAGAAGGGCUGUCCAGCUUUAGCUACGGCCUCUCCCGGGAUUACGAGAGGGCUGCGGGCCUCACCGCCAAGGGGGCCCGCAAUGCAAUGUUUGGGACGCUGACACGCACGUGCAGUGUGACAGAGGGGAAACACGCCAAGCUGAGCUGUUACGUGACAGGGGAGCCCAAGCCAGAGAUCAUAUGGAAGAAGGACGACGAGAUCAUUUUGGAAGGGCGGCGGCACAUCAUCUAUGAGGAUGACCAGGAGAACUUUGUGCUGAAGAUCCUCUAUUGCAAGCAGGUGGAUAAUGGGCUGUACACCUGCACAGCCUCCAACUUGGCAGGCCAGACCUACAGCUCUGUGCUGGUCACUGUCAAAGAACCCUCAAUACCCUUCAAGGAAAAACUGAAGGAUCUUGAAGUUCGGGAGAAGGAAUCUGCCACCUUCCAAUGUGAGGUGCCUGUUCCUAGUACAGAGACAGCUUGGUUCAAGGAGGAAACAAAGCUCCAGCAGAGUAAGAAAUACAACAUCGAAGAAGAGGGCACAUAUCGCCGGCUCACUGUCCAAGAUGUCACCACAGAUGAUGAUGCUGUCUAUAUCUGUGAGAUGAAAGAAGGGAGCAGGACAAUAGCAGAGUUGUCUGUCCAAGGGAACAUCAUUAAAAAACUUCCACGGAAGACUGCAGUCCACGUAAACGAUACGGCCGUCUUCUGUGUGGAGCUGGACAAUGAAUGCGAGAAAAUCCGCUGGCUGAAGAAUAAAGAAGAAGUGAAACCCAGCGAUCGAAUCACCAUCACACGCUCCGGCAAACAACACACCAUGAUCAUCCGAGAGUGUAAGAUGGAAGAUGCUGGUGAAAUUGCCUUCCUAGCUGAUGAAAGCAGGACUUCUACCCAGUUCACUGUGACUACUCCCAAAAAACCUCCCACGCAACCCCCAGUCGACCCUGUGGUGAAAAAUAAAACAGAAACCUCAGUGACGCUAGCAUGGUCCCCUCCAAAGAUAGACCGCCCCCUUCCAAUUGAUGGCUACAUAGUGGAACGCAAGAAGCUAACUGGCUUUACCUGGGUGAGGUGUCACGAGUCUCCUGUGCCUGUCUCAGAGUUCACAGUGAGCAACCUGUCAGAAGAGGAUGACUAUCAGUUCCGAGUAUCUGCAGUCAACACGUAUGGACAGAGCCCGUAUCUGGAAUUCCCAGGAAGCAUCCACCUCGCACCAGUCCUGGCUGUGAAAACCCCACUGACAACGGUUGAAGCUGUAGCUGGAGGGGAUGCCACAUUUACUGUUGACCUUACAACGACAUGUUCUGGCACUUGGUAUCUUAAUGGUAAAGUCUUGCAGGAAAGUGAGACCUGUAGCAUUAAAAGAACCCAAACUACUCACACCCUGAUCAUAAAGAAUGUCACCAAGAACGAUGAUGGAGCAGAAGUGAAAUUUGUCGCCGGUAACGUUGAUACCAGCACGAACAUGAGAGUGAGAGGUGCUCCAGUCAGAUUUACCAACAAGAGCAGAGAUAUGGAAAAGGUCUCUGCUCGACUGCGUGAGGAAGCCAAGCUUCAGGCUGACCUUUCCGAUGCAAAUGCUACUGUGAAGUGGAUGAAGGAUGGGAAGGAGCUCAAGGCCAGUGAAAAAUAUGAACAUCAAACUGUGGGGAAGCAGCGCAUCCUGAAAAUUCACGACAUCGCAACAGAGGAUGCUGGAGUUUAUGAGUGCAUCUGUGAAGGGGAUAAAAUGGUCUAUAAGCUUUCAGUGAAAGCACCUGCAACUUUCAUAAACAAAGAGAAGACCGGAGGAAUUAUCAGAGUCAUCACUGGAAAACAGGCUGAGUUUAUUUCUGAGACCUCUGAAGCCAACGUCAUGGUUAAGUGGUACAAAGAUGGCAAAGAAAUCACAGCCAGCAAGAAAUUCACUUCGGAAGAUAAGGGCAAACUGCAUAAACUUGUGGCUUCAGCUGUGACGAAAGAAGAUGAAGGAAUGUAUACCUGCAAAAUUGGAGAUGACACUCUUAUUUUUGAUUUAAAAGUCUCGGAGCCAGAAGUUGUGUUUACAAACAAGGACAAGGUGCAGAAGGAGGUGCAGGCAUCCUUGAAAGAGGACGCCACGCUGAGCUGUGAGGUGGCCGAGGAGAAGACCCAAGUGAAAUGGUACAAGGAUGGGAAGCUGGUCACCUCAAGCAAGAAGUUCAAGGUUGAGUCGGAGGGCAAAUUGCGGCGCCUGGUGGUGACUCAGGUGGAAGAGCGAGAUGCUGGCGAGUACACGUGUGAGGCUGCCGGCCAGAAACUGCCCUUCAAGGUGAACGUCAGAGAGCCAGAAGUUGUGUUUACAAACAAGGACAAGGUGCAGAAGGAGGUGCAGGCAUCCUUGAAAGAGGACGCCACGCUGAGCUGUGAGGUGGCCGAGGAGAAGACCCAAGUGAAAUGGUACAAGGAUGGGAAGCUGGUCACCUCGAGCAAGAAGUUCAAGGUUGAGUCGGAGGGCAAAUUGCGGCGCCUGGUGGUGACUCAGGUGGAAGAGCGAGAUGCUGGCGAGUACACGUGUGAGGCUGCCGGCCAGAAACUGCCCUUCAAGGUGAACGUCAGAGAGCCAGAAGUUGUGUUUACAAACAAGGACAAGGUGCAGAAGGAGGUGCAGGCAUCCUUGAAAGAGGACGCCACGCUGAGCUGUGAGGUGGCCGAGGAGAAGACCCAAGUGAAAUGGUACAAGGAUGGGAAGCUGGUCACCUCGAGCAAGAAGUUCAAGGUUGAGUCGGAGGGCAAAUUGCGGCGCCUGGUGGUGACUCAGGUGGAAGAGCGAGAUGCUGGCGAGUACACGUGUGAGGCUGCCGGCCAGAAACUGCCCUUCAAGGUGAACGUCAGAGAGCCAGAAGUUGUGUUUACAAACAAGGACAAGGUGCAGAAGGAGGUGCAGGCAUCCUUGAAAGAGGACGCCACGCUGAGCUGUGAGGUGGCCGAGGAGAAGACCCAAGUGAAAUGGUACAAGGAUGGGAAGCUGGUCACCUCGAGCAAGAAGUUCAAGGUUGAGUCGGAGGGCAAAUUGCGGCGCCUGGUGGUGACUCAGGUGGAAGAGCGAGAUGCUGGCGAGUACACGUGUGAGGCUGCCGGCCAGAAACUGCCCUUCAAGGUGAACGUCAGAGAGCCAGAAGUUGUGUUUACAAACAAGGACAAGGUGCAGAAGGAGGUGCAGGCAUCCUUGAAAGAGGACGCCACGCUGAGCUGUGAGGUGGCCGAGGAGAAGACCCAAGUGAAAUGGUACAAGGAUGGGAAGCUGGUCACCUCGAGCAAGAAGUUCAAGGUUGAGUCGGAGGGCAAAUUGCGGCGCCUGGUGGUGACUCAGGUGGAAGAGCGAGAUGCUGGCGAGUACACGUGUGAGGCUGCCGGCCAGAAACUGCUCUUCAAGGUGAACGUCAGAGAGCCGAAACCUGCGUUUAUAAACCAGGAGAAGGUCCAGAAGGAGGUACACGCUGUCCUGACAGAAAACGCCACCCUCAGCUGUGAGGUAGCAGAGGACACAACUGAAGUGAAAUGGUACAGGGAUGGAAAGCUGCUCAUUUCCUCUAGAAAAUUCAAAAUAGAGACUCUGGGCAAAACCCGUCAGCUGCUUAUAGAGCAGCUGGAGAAGAAAGAUGCUGGAGAAUACGUCUGUGAGGCCGCAGGCCAGAAGCUGGCCUUCAGGAUUGAGCUUACUGAACCAGAGGCCAAAUUUGAAAAGAAGGUUGUCCAGAAAGAGCCCCUCGUUGUUCAAGAAUAUGAAAAUAUCACUCUGACUACUUCAGUAACGCCUGAAACUGCUUCAGUCAAGUGGCUGAAGGACGGAAUGGAAAUUAAGGCGAGCAAGAAGUAUGAAAUAAAGAGCGAGGGGGCUUCCCGGACCCUGACGGUGAACCUGGCUGAGAGCUCGGACACUGCUGUGUACACCUGCUGCACAAAGAGUGACAAGCAGGAAUUCAAAGUGGAGGUGAAAGAAAUCCCUCUGACAUUUUCAAAAAAACUGGAACCUAUUCACACCGAGAUUGGAGACAAUGUCUCUUUGACCUGUGAUGUGAGCCAUACCAAAGGGAAGGUGGUAUGGUACAAGAAUGGAGUUGAGAUCAAGCCCAGCAAGCGCUUCCAGAUUAUUGAAGAGGGGGUAAAACGAACCCUGACAAUAAUGGGAAUCCGGGCAGAGGAUGAGGGAGAAUAUUCCUGUGAGUCCAGAGAUGACAAGAGCAGUGUUAUGAUCACCCCCAAAGCGCCCAGAGUGGUGAAAUUCAUUACAAGUCUCAACAGUGUAGUCUCUGAGGAAGGAAAAGAGGCUGUGUUUAAGUGUACCGUCUCUCCCAGCGAUGCUGUGGUUACAUGGCACAGGAAUGGUGUGAAGAUUGAAGCCAGCAAGAAGUAUGUGAUCUCGCAGAAGGACAGCAACCACAGCCUCACAAUCACUGAUCUGACAGUGGAAGACGCAGCUGAGAUCUCUGCCAAUGCUGAGGGUGUAGAAAGCAGUGCCAACCUCAAGGUCCGAGAGGCCCCAGUCUCAUUCAAGAAGAAACUGGAACCCAGAACAGUAGAAGAGAGGGACACAGUGACCCUGGAGGUUGAGCUGACCAAGCCUGCAGAGGUGAAAUGGAUGAGGAACAAAAUUGUGUUGAAGCCCAGCGAAAAAAUCGAGAUCAAAGCUGAGGGAACGAAGCAUAUCCUCGUGGUUAAGAACAUCUCCUUUGCAGAAAGGGGCUUCUACUGCUGUGAGAGUCCUGAUGACAAGACCCAAGCCAAGAUCAAUGUGGAAAUGAGGAAGAUCAAGCUGGUGAAAGGUCUUCAGCCCAUCAAAGUCUGUGAGAAAGGGACCGUCACCUUUGUGGUGGAGGUGUCACAUGAGGAUGUGGAAGGAAUCUGGCAGAAAGAUGGUGUUCGACUGAAGCCUUCCCCAAAUGUCCAUGUUGAUGUCAUGGGGAAGAAACAUUCGCUGACUCUCUCUUCUGUGAACCUUGAAGACGCAGGGCUCAUCUCUUUCAAGGCCGAUGGCAUUCAUUCAUCAGGGAGACUUGAUGUGACAGAAUUGCCUGUGAGAAUCAGCAAGCCUUUGUCAAACAUCAGUGUAACUCAGAAGGACAAGGUCACAUUUGAGUGUGAGCUGUCCAGGCCCAAUGUGGAUGUUAAGUGGUUCAAGGAUGGGAAGCAGCUUCAGCAAAGUAAAAACUUUGGGAUUAUUUCCCAGGGAACUAAGAGAAGCCUUAUUAUUCCCAAGUGUGAAUAUGAAGACCAAGGAACCUAUGUGUGUGAAGCAGGUGACGACAAGACAUCAGCUAUCCUGACAGUUCAUGCCCGAGAUAUCAAGAUUAUUAAACCGCUGGAAGACGUGGAAGUGAAUGAAUAUGAGAGUGCCUCUUUUGUCUGUGAGAUUUCACAUGAUGAGGUCCAAACUCAGUGGUACAAAGAUGACAACAAGCUGAAGGCUGCUGACAAUAUUAAAAUGCGUCAAGAUGGAAGGACCUACUCGCUGACUUACUUGCGUGUCCAAGUUGAGGACGCCGCGGAGAUCAAAUUUGUAGCAGAAAAGGCCGAAUCUCGUGCCCACCUUACGGUAAAAGAGCUGCCUGUAAAAAUUGUGAAGCCUUUGCGAGAUAAGAUCGCUCUUGAAAAGCACCGUGGAUUCCUAGAAUGCCAAGUGUCUCGUGCAAGUGCUGAAGUUAGAUGGUAUAAGAAGGAUGUUGAAAUUCACCCUAGUGACAAGUAUGAAAUUGUGAGCGAUGGUGUCUAUCGCAAACUCAUCAUCAAUGAUGCAGAUUAUGAAGAUGAGGACACGUACACUUGUGAUGCCUUUGACGACAAAAGCAGUGCUCAUUUCUUUGUUGAAGAGCAAUCCAUUAGUAUUGUAAAGGAGUUGUGUGACGAGGAUGUGACUGAGCCUGAAGAAGCCAGAUUUGAAUGUGAGAUAUCUAUUCCAUCUGUAAAACCCCCGAAAUGGUCUCUACGUGGAGAAGUCUUGCAGGCUGGCAGAAACAUUAUCAUGCAACAAGAAGGCACCAUCCACCGCCUGAUCCUGCUGAAAACCUGUGUUGAUAUGACAGGCACCGUUCAGUUCUCAAUUGGCAAAUCAAAAUCCACGGCAAACCUGCUUGUCAGAGAUUACAAUAUACAGAUCACAAGGAAGAUGGAAGAUAAGAUAGUUUUGGAACGUCAUUCAGUUGUCCUAUCAUGUGACUUCAAGCCUUCUCCAAAGGUUGUGAAAUGGUUCAAGGACCACACAGCCAUUGAGCCCUCUGAGAAGUACAAAAUCAAGCAGGAGAAGCAUUCAGCAGAACUCAAGAUUCUGAAGGUGAAGCCUGAAGAUGCUGGUGUGUACAUGUGCAGGGCCGGAAACGCGGAGACCAAAGCCGUGCUGACAGUUGAAGCCCGCAAUGUGGAAAUAAUCAAACACCUGCAGGAUGUGGAAAUUGAAGAAGAGAGUUCUGCUGUCUUCUCAUGCGAACUGUCCCACGAUGACGAGGAUGUGGAAUGGUUCCUGAAUGGCACCCUCCUUUAUACCAACAAUUUCAAUGACAUCAAGAGUGUUGGCAACUGCUACACACUGAUAAUGAAGCAAGUCAAGCCUGAGGAUGCUGGCACUGUGACAAUGAAGUCGGACAAGGUGUCAGAGAGCGUGUGUCUGAAGGUGAUAGAGAAGCCUGCUGUCUUCAUGAAGUCAUUAGAUGAUGUUUAUGGUGAGGAGCGAGGUGUGAUUAAACUGGAAUGUGAGGUCUCCAAAGAGAAGGUCAAACCUGUUUGGAAAAAGGAUGGAGUGGAACUCACUUCUGGCAACAAAUAUGAGCAGACACAGUCUGGGAAGACCCUGCGCCUCCUUAUCCGUGACCUCGAAAAGACAGAUGCAGGUUUAUACACCUGUGAUAUUGGCACUGAUGUUGCCAAAUCAAAGGUUGGCGUUCAGGAAUUAAACAUUGGCAUAACCAAACGGCUGAAGAAUACUGAAAUUCAGGAGGGAGAAGAUUGCAGUUUUGAGUGUAUUUUGUCCCAUGAAAGCAUUGAUGACUUCCAUUGGACGCUGAAUGGGAGGAAAGUGGAAAGCGGUGGGCAAUUUGAAGUAUUUAACGUGGGUCGGAAAUAUACACUCAAUAUCAAAAAUGCGACUGUUGCUGAUGCUGGAGAAGUCAUUUUCACUGCCCGCGGUCUAACCUCAAAGGCCUCUCUGACCGUAAAAGAAAAACCUACAGAGAUUACAAAACAACUGGAGGAUAAAACAUCAGCAGCAGGGCAGGACAUCUGCCUAAGCUGCGAAUUGUCAAAACCUGAUGCAAGCAUUCGGUGGUACAAGGACGGCAAAGCAAUCCGAAAAAGCCAGAAAUACGACUUGCAACAAGAGGGAACACAAGCCAUUCUGGUCAUCCAUGACUCCACAGUCAAGGACAGUGGAGAGUACACCUGUGAGACAGAGAUCUCCAAAACAAGAGCUAGGAUCACGGUGCAAGAAAAACCCAAUUACUUUGUCAAGGAACUUUCAGAUAUGAAAGUCAAUGAAAAUGGAGUUGCAGUUUUUGUAUGCCAGAGUGAGAAAGCUGCGUCCUCUGUGGUCUGGAGGAAAGGCAUAGCAGAAGUCAGGGCAAGCGAGAAAUACGAAAUCACACAGAAAGGCAAAAUCCUGCAGCUGACCAUAAAUAACUUGGAGAAAAAUGACAGUGACAUUUACACUUGUGACAUUGGGGAUGCCCAGUCCAGAGCGAGGCUCGCCGUACAAGGCCAGAAAGUGCUAAUAACAGAAGACCUGGAAGAUGUCAGUGUGUUAGAAGGAGAAUCUGCCAUGUUCAAAUGCAGAAUCUCUCCCGUAGAAUAUAGCAAAGUGCAAUGGUUUUUGGAUAAAACUCCGCUCCAUACCAACGAACUUAAUGAGAUCCAGUCUCAGCCUGGUGGAUAUCACUUGCUGACCUUGAAAAAACUCUCACUGAAGGACUCUGGGGUCAUUACAUUUGAAGCUGGUGAUACGAAAACAUCUGCCAAUUUGGUUGUUAAAGCUCUGCCUGUCCUUUUCAAACAAACUCUUGAGGACACGGAAAAGGAAGAGGGGAAAACAGUCUCUCUGCGCUGUGAAGUCACAAAACCUGACGCACCCGUGGUGUGGAAGAAAGGAGGAGACACGCUCCAGGCAGGUGCCAAAUAUGAAAUGAAGCAGAAGGGGACAGUGGCGGAGCUGGUGAUUCACAAUGCGGAGGCAGAAGACGCGGGAAGAUACACCUGUGACACCGGAGACCAGCAGACCACAGCCGAAGUCAAAAUCCACGCCAUCUGUGCAGUCAUCAAAGAUGAUCUUAAGAGCUUGGAAGCUUUGGAAGGGGGGACAGCCACCUUACGCUGCGAGCUGAGCAGAGAGGCCCCCGUGGAGUGGAGGAAGGGGCACACUGUUCUCAAACCAAGUAAGAAGUACAGGAUGAAACGAGAAGGCACCGUGGCUGAACUGCUGAUCCAUGAUCUGGACUCAAAGGAUGCUGGAGACUAUACGUGUAUAGUGGGAAGUGAAAAAACCACAGCAACCUUAUCAGUGAAUGCCCUACCGAUUCGUUUCAAGAAAGAGCUGAAGAACGAGGAAGCCACAGAGAGUGGAACGGCCACUCUGCAGUGCGAGCUGAGCAAGGCAGUUGGCUUGGUCGAGUGGAGAAAGGGCGAGAAGGUGCUGAUGCCAAAUGGCAAAUACAAAAUGAGACGAGAAGGCCGUUUUGCGGAGCUGGUAAUCCAGGAUCUAGAACUGACAGAUGCUGGGAGUUACACUUGUGUAUGUGAAGACCAGAAGACAACAGCUACUUUGCAAGUGAACGCCUUGCCCAUCCUCUUCCAAGAAGAACUGGUGAACAAGGAAGCUACAGAGGGAGAGGCAGUCGCAUUGCAGUGUAAACUCAGCAAGUCGGCCCCGGCUGAAUGGAGAAAGGGGCAUCAGGUUCUCAAGCCAAGUGAGAAAUACAAAAUAAAACAGGAAGGCCCCUUUGCUGAGCUGAUGAUCCAGGAUUUGGAUUUGACAGAUGCUGGUGAUUACAGCUGUGUGUGUGGAGAUCAACAGACUACAGCUGCGCUGAGAGUAAAUGUCCUACCUACUCUUUUCGUCAAAGAACUGGUGGAUGAAGAAGCUACAGAAGGUAAAAGUGUCUCUCUGCACUGUGAGCUGAACAAGGCCGCCGCUGAUGUGGAGUGGAAAAAGGGACUCAAGACCCUCAAAUCAAGUGACAAGUAUAACAUGAAACGCGAAGGUGUCAUUGCUGAGCUCGUAAUCCAAAACGUAGACACAACAGAUGCUGGAAGUUAUUCCUGUGUGUGUGGAGACCAGCAGACUAUGGCAGUUUUAACAGUACAUGCUUUGCCUGCGUUUUUCAAAGAAGGAUUGAAGAACAGAGAAGCCACAGAUGGUGCAACAGCCACCCUGCGCUGUGAGCUAAGCAAAGUUGGUGUCCCCGUGGAGUGGAAAAAAGGGGACAAGCUUCUCAAACCAAGUGAUAAGUAUAGGAUGAGACAGGAAGAUACUUCUGCAGAGCUGUUGAUACGAGAUCUGGAGGUAGAAGAUACAGGAGAAUAUACUUGUGUGUGCGGAGAUCAGAAGACCUCGGCUGUAUUGACAGUCCAUGCUUUACCUGCAUUGUUCAAAAAAGAACUCACUAAUGUGGAAGCCACAGAAGACGGAACAGCUACCCUACGCUGUGAGCUAACUAAAUCUGCUCUGGUCGAGUGGAGGAAAGGGCAAAAUGUGCUCAAGCCUAGUGACAAGUACAAAAUGAGAUUGAAGGAUUCCAUUGCGGAGUUGACAGUCCAUGGCUUGGAGGAGCAAGAUGCGGGAGAUUACACGUGUGUGUGCGGAGACAAGACGACUACUGCAUCGUUGACAGUGCAUGCCCUUCCUCCACAUUUUAAGAAAGAAUUGAAGAACUUAGAAGCCACAGAAAGUGGCAUGGCCACUUUAUGCUGUGAAUUGAACAAGCCUGCAGCUUCUGUGGAAUGGAGAAAAGGUGACAGUGUCCUGAAGCCAAAUGAGAAGUUCACCAUAAAACUUGAGGGCUCAGUUGCUGAGCUGAUGAUUCAUAAUUUAGAUCUGACAGAUGCUGGAGAUUACACAUGCCGCUAUGGAGAUCAGGAAACAACAGCUGCACUAAAAGUGAAUGCAUUGCCUGUAUACUUCAAGGAAGAAAUGAAGAACGAGGAAGCAACAGAAGGUGAAACAGCCACACUACAAUGUGAGCUAUCUAGGGCUGCCUCUGUGGAGUGGAAAAAGAAACACAAAGUACUCAAAUCAAGUGAAAAAUAUACUAUGAGCCAGGAGGGUACCACUACACAACUGCUGAUCCAUGCUUUAGAAGUCAAGGAUGCUGGGGAGUAUACCUGUGUGUGUGGAGACAAGAAGACUACCGCAGCACUGAUAGUGCAUGCCCUUCCUGCUCUCUUCAAAGAAGAAUUAAGAAAUGAAGAAGCUACUGAGGGUGGAGAAGUCACUCUGCGCUGUGAGCUGACCAAAACUGCUUCAGUGGAGUGGAAAAAGGGACAUACAUUACUCAAACCUAGUGAGAAAUACAAAAUGAGGCAGAAGGAUGCCACUGCAGAACUGGUGAUCCAUGAUCUAAGUGAGAACGAUGCUGGGGAUUAUACUUGCGUGUGUGGGGACAAACAGACCACAGCAUCCUUAGCAGUACACGCUCUGCCUGCACGCAUCAAGGAAAGCCUGAAGGACAAGGAAGUAACAGAAGGUCAAACAGCCACUCUGCACUGUGAGCUGACCAAAGUUGCUCAAGUAGAGUGGAGAAAGGGAAGCAGUUCGCUUAAAGUCAGUGACAAAUACAAAAUGAGACAGGAGGGCACAGUCACAAAGCUGCUUAUCCAUGACGUAGAGUUGAAGGAUGCUGGAGAAUACACUUGCGUGUGUGGAGAACAGGAGACAACUGCUGCCUUGAUAGUGCAUGCCCUGCCUGCAGUUUUCAAAAAAGAACUGAAGAACCUGGAGGCUGUAGAGUGCCAAACAGCAACUCUGCACUGUGAACUGAGCAAGGCUGCAUCUGUGUCAUGGAAGAAAGGAAGCAAAAUACUCAGAGCAAGUGAAAAAUAUGUCAUGCGGCAGGAUGAUGUUGUUGCUGAGCUUGAAAUUCGUGAGCUAGACCUGCAGGAUGCUGGAGACUACACGUGUGUGUGUGGGAACCAAUGCACCACUGCUUCUCUGACAGUGAAUGCCUUGCCGGUUCUUUUCAAGGAAGGAUUGAAAAAUGAAGAAGUUACAGAAGGAGCAUCAGUUUCUCUGUGUUGUGAACUAAGCAAAGCAGCUCCCGUGCAGUGGAAAAUAGGGUCCAAAGUGCUCAAAGCAAGUGACAAAUAUCAAAUGAGACAACCUGGCACUACUGCAGAGCUGGUCAUUCAUGGCCUAGAAGUUGAAGAUGCUGGAGAUUACACUUGUGUUUGUGGUGACCAGAAGACAACAGCAACCUUAACAGUCCAUGCCCUGCCACCACAUUUUAAGGAGGAGCUAAUGAACAAGGAAGCAAAAGAAGGUGAAGAUGUCGUUCUGCACUGUGAGCUUACCAAAGCUGCUCCAGUGGAGUGGAGGAAGGACCAGAAAAUCCUCAAAGCAAGUGAGAAAUACAAAAUGAGGCAGGAAGGGACCAAGACAGAGCUAGUGAUUCGUAAAAUAGCGGAGAAGGAUACAGGCGACUACACCUGUGUGUGUGGAGAGCACCAGUCUACAGCUAUCUUAACAGUACAGGCCCUGCCAGCACUUUUUAAACAAGAGCUUCAAGAUGCCAAAUCAGAAGAGGGCGGUACAGUAACACUGAAGUGUGAGCUUACCAAACCCAAUGCUCUUGUGGAGUGGAGGAAAGGCGAUACUACACUCUACCCCGGUUUGAAAUAUGAGAUGAAGCAGCAGGGCUCCACUGCUGAGCUGAUCAUUCAUGACUUAGAACUGGAAGAUUCAGGAGAGUACACCUGUGACUCUGGACAUCAGCAGACAACGGCUGUGGUCACUGUACAUGCCCUGCCUGUCGUAUUUAAACAACCCCUUCAAAAUAAGGAAAGUGAGGAAGGAAGUACAGCUACUUUCUGUUGUGAGCUGUCGAAACCCAGUGCUGCAGUGGAAUGGAAGAAAGGAGGAGUGGAGUUACAGCCCAGCCAGAAAUAUGAAAUGAGGCAGAGGGAGUGCUUGGUAGAGCUCUUAAUACAUAAUCUCAAAUUAGAAGAUACAGGAGAGUACAGCUGUGAUACCGGGGAUCAGGAAACAAAGGCAUCUUUAAAUGUGAAAGCCUUACCAGUCCUUUUCAAAAAGGAGCUCAAGGACAAGGAUGUGGAAGAAGGAGCUGCAGUAAAAUUCCAGUGUGAGCUGACAAAGGAUAAGGCAGCUGUGGAGUGGAGGAAAGGCACCAUGCAGCUCUUCCCGUGCGCCAAAUAUGACAUUAAAUUAAAUGGCCGCAUUGCAGAACUCGUGAUUCACAAUGUAGAACCAGAAGAUGCCUCCGAUUAUACAUGUGAUACAGGAGACCAGCAGAGCACAGCAGUCCUCCGAGUGAAUGCCAUCAAACCUCAGGUGAAGCAACAACUGAAGAACGAGGAAGUGGAGAUGGGAGGAACGGCCAGGCUGCGCUGCGAGAUUUCCGUAGGCAAAGCAGCAGUGGAGUGGAGCAAAGAUGGAGUUGUGCUGCACGCAAGUUCCAAGUAUGAAAUGUGGCAGGAUGGCACCCUCCGCGAGCUGCGUAUUCACCACUUGGAGCCUAGCGACGUUGGAGAGUAUUCCUGCAAGGCUGGGGAUGAGACAACCUCUGCAAAACUGACCGUGAAAGAGCCUGACGUGACCAUAGUUUGUGGCCUAAAGGACACGGUGGUGUUUGAGGGCGAUGACAUCAGUUUUCAGUGCGAGGUUUCUCAUGAGAACGCAAGGGACGUUGAAUGGACGCUACAGGACAUUGCUCUGCAAAACAACGAAAUGAAUGAAAUCUCUGUGGAAAAAGGGAAGAUUCACACCCUGACGUUAAGGAAGGUAACCGAACAGGACAUUGGGACUGUCACUUUCCGAGUGGGACCACACAAGUCUACAGCACAGCUCACGGUGAAGGUGCCACCUCCAGUCUUUAAGGAGAAAUUACAGAACAUAGAAUUGCAGGAAGACGAAACAGCCAUCCUCCACUGUGACGUUUCCCAGGCUAACGUCGCGGUGGAAUGGAGGAAGGGCUCCCAAGUGAUUUCCCCAGGCUCCAAAUAUGAAAUCAGGCAAGAGGGAACAAUCCAUACUUUAAAAAUUUAUGGUUUAAAACCAGAAGACUCGGGCAAAUACACCUGUGAUAAUGGAAACGAGCAAACGACGGCCACUUUAACUGUUAAAGCCAUUCCAGCUCUCUUUGUAAAAAAGCUCCAAAAUCAGGAAGCCAAAGAAGGCUCUACGGCGACCCUUCAUGCUGAGCUCUCAAAACACGAUGCACCAGUGAGAUGGAAAAAGGGGUCGGUCUUGCUCCAAGCCAGCAACAAAUAUGAGAUGAAGCAGAUGGGCUCUAUUGUAGAGCUACUCAUCCAUGACCUACAGCUGAAGGAUGCUGGGGACUACACCUGUGAUUCUGGCGAUGAGCAAACUAUGGCAUCCUUGGUAGUGAAAGCUUUGCCAGUCAUCUUUACACAACCACUCCAGAACCAGCAAGCAGAAGAAGGAGGCACUGUCACUUUGAGCUGUGAAAUCUCCAAACCAAAUGCCACAGUGCAGUGGAAGAAGGCUGGGACAGUGCUGUGGCCAAGUGACAAGUACAAAAUGUGCCAGGACGGUUCUGUGGCCGAGCUGACAAUUUGCAACUUGAGCAAAGCCGAUGCUGGAGAAUACCUGUGCGACACCGGGGACCAGCAAACCACUGCAGCUGUGCUUGUGGAAGAACCAGCAGCAACCAUAGUGGAGACACUGAAGGACGUCACUUCGUAUGAAGGAGAAGAUGCAGUCUUUGAAUGCAAGCUGUCUCGGGAGACAACUCAAGCUGCCCAGUGGUUCCUGGGGGACGUUCCCUUGCAAUCCAAUGAAAUGAAUGAGAUUGGAGUUCAAGAGAAGUGUCACACAUUGAUCCUCAGGAAGGUGACACUAGAAGACUGCGGACCCAUCAGUAUCAAAAUCGGGCAGCAUACCUCAAGGGCACAACUAACAGUCAAAGUUGCUCCUGUCACAUUUGUAAAGGAGCUCUGCAGCUUGGAUCUGCAGGAGGGUGGCACAGCUCACUUGUCCUGUGAGGUGUCCAAGCCUGAUGUCCCGGUGGAGUGGAAGAAAGACAUGUCUGCAAUCCACUCGAGCAAGAAGUGCAGCAUCAAGCAGGAAGGGAGUGUACACACACUGAUCAUCUACGACUUGAACUGCGAGGACUCAGGGGAGUAUAGCUGCCAUACAGCUGAUGGGAAGACCACAGCCAGAAUAGACGUUAAGGCUCUGCCUGUGCUUUUCAAACACUGGCUGAAAAAUGAAGAAGUGGAGGAAGGCCGCACAGCCGUGCUGCACUGUGAGCUGACAAAGCCUAAUGCUCCUGUGGAGUGGAGGAAAGGAGAUAAGGUGUUGCAGCCAAGUGACAAGUAUGAGAUCAAGCAAGAGGGGACACAUGUGGAGCUCUUUAUCUAUGAUGCUGAGGCUCAGGAUGCUGGCGAAUACACGUGUGACUCAGGGGAUCAGCAGACCUCCGCAUCAUUGCAAGUCAAAGUGCUACCAGUGCUGUUUAAGGAGGAGCUGAAAAACGUGGAAUCUGAAGAAGGGGGAACGGCUGUCCUGCACUGCGAGAUCUCCAAGCCGGAUGCGCCCGUUGAGUGGAGAAAAGGAGGGUUGGUCAUUCAGCCCAGUGACAAAUACGAGAUGAAGCUGAAAGGCAGCAUCGCUGAGCUAAUCAUCCACGGCGUGGAGCCUGACGACUGCGGGGAUUACACGUGUAGCACUGGAUACGAGAUCACCGCGGGUUCUGUGUAUGUGCAAGAAGAAGAAGCAGUCAUAGUUUCUGAUUUAAAGAACACAGACGUCUUUGUGGGUGAGUCAGCCACGUUUACCUGCGAGCUCUCACGCCCGGGCGUGAAGAAUGUACAGUGGUGGCUUGAUGGAUCUCCCCUUCACAACAACUUUGUGACAGAGAUCUCUGAGCAGGACGGAACAGUCCACACUUUAACCCUAAAGGACGUGGCGUGCCAUGACUCGGGCACUGUCACCUUCAGAGCUGGGUCCCUUUUAUCUUCAGCUAAAUUAUUAGUCAAAGAUCCAACCAUUGAAGUGGUCAGUCCCAUGCAGGAUUUAACUGUUGAUGAAGAUGGCCCAGCAGAGUUCAUAUGCCAAUAUUCUAGGCCAGUGCACGCCAUAUGGAAGAAAAAUGAUCAGGAAAUGCAUGCAGAUGGGCAGCGAAUCAUUAUCGUGCAGGACUGGAAUGUAAGCAUGCUAAAAAUUAAAUCUACGGUACCAGAAGACACUGGCAUCUAUUCUUGUGAAGCUGAAGGCACUAAAGUGGUGGCUGCACUUGAUGUUCAAGCUAAGAACAGCAUUGUCCAGGGCCUGGAGAACGUGGAAGCAGUGGAAGGAGGUGAAGCCCUCUUCGAGUGCUACCUUUCCAAACCCGAGUGCUACAAUUACAACUGGCUGAUUGAUGAUGAGCCUGCCAAAACUACAGAAAACACGGAGAUGGUUUACUUCGAAAAUGGGCGCAGGCAUCUUCUUCUGCUGAAGAACCUAACUCCCCAGGACAGCUGCCGGGUGACUUUUACGUGCAGCGACGCAGUGACCUCCGCCUUCCUGACCGUGAAAGGGUGGCGCUUGCGGAUCUUGCAGCCUCUCACAGAUGUGGAAGUCUCUCCAGGGGACAAAGCUACGUUUAGCUGUGUUCUGAGUGAAGCGGUGCCAAUUAAUGAAGUUACCUGGUACACCAAUGACAGAGAGAUCCAAACAGAUGAAGACUGGGAGGUACAAGCAGAUGGAAAUAAAUACGAACUUAUUCUGAAAAAAGCCCAGCCCCAUCAUUCUGGAGAGGUGACCUUUGCUUCCAGGGAAGCAAUCACAUCAGCCAAGUUAGCUGUGACUGAGCCUCCAAUUACAGUCACUCAUCCUUUGGUGGGAGGAUCAGUAUCAGAAGGGGAGGUGGCUCGCUUGGAGUGUGAAUUAUCAAGUGAAAUCCAAGAGACAGCGACAUGGCUCAAAGGAGAAGAGCAAAUACAAGCUGGAGGAAGAUACGAAAUCCUCUCUGAUGGAAAAAAGCAGAUACUCAUUAUUCAUGCAUUUAAACCUGAAGAUCAGGACACAUACACCUGCAUGGUUUCUCCAGAAGUCAAAUCUGUUGCCAGCCUGUGUCUUGAAGUUCCUACUGUAGCAAUGCUAAAAGAGAUUGCCAGGGAAGCAUACCCUGCAAGCCAACCAGAAGAGCUAGUAGAUGAACAUGUCCAGCCCAGCUUGCCCCCUGAGGCUGCUCAGGAGGGGGACCUUCAUCUGCUAUGGGAAGCUUUGGCCAAGAAACGCCGGAUGAGCCGGGAGCCCACCUUGGAUUCCAUCAGCGAGGUGCCUGAAGAGGAUGAGAAACUUCAGAAGCUGAGGAAGGAAGAAGCAGAGAUGUCUCACUAUUUCUCAGAGGAAUACUCUACGUGUGAUGAGCUGGCUAGGACUGGAGAAGCAGAUUUCUCUUUCACAAGCUCAGAUGAUGAGUCUAGAGCUGGGACUCCUUCACUAGUCAACUACCUCAAGAAAGCUGGGAAGACAAGUGUCAGCGUUACUAGCAAGGUUCAGUCCAUCUCCACAGGCAAAUUAUGGAAGCAGUUGGAGAAAUCCAGUGUAGAGACUGCUGUAGCAGCCCCACCUGCUAAGCCAGCUGAACCAGAAGUAACAGAUUUAGAUGAUCCUUCCAUGAACAAGGCAGCUGUAAAGAUCCAGGCUGCUUUCAAAGGCUACAAAGUCAGGAAGGAGAUCAAGCAACAAGAGUGCCCAGUGUUUGCCGAGACCUUCAAAGAUUUCACCGGUGAGCUGGGAAGCACUCUCCACCUUGAGUGUGUGGCUCACAGCAAAACUGACAUGAAAGUCCGUUGGCUGAAAGAUGGGGAAGAGCUUUCAGAUGGUCGCUACUAUCACAUAGACAAUUACAGUGAUGGGACCUGCUCUUUGAUUAUCACUGGCCUGGAUAUGAAAGAUGCGGGUAAAUACACCUGUGAGGCAUCUAAUAAAUACGGCAAAGUUUCACACAGUGCUAAGGUGGUGAUUGGCAGUCAGGAACCUCAACUUAUUUGUAAAGAGAAGCAAGUUAAACAUACCACAGACAGCGAGACUGAGAGCUCGUCUGGCAGUGAGCUGGACGAUGCUUUCCGUAAAGCAGGAAGGAGACUUCACAGACUCUUCAAGGCUCACAUCGCAACGGAGAUAUCUGAUGUGGAGGAAGAGCUCUUUGUCAGUGCAGAUGAAGGGGAUGUAGAGGUGGUAGACCAUCAGACGUAUCGUGAGGAUGAGCAGUACAUCUACAUCAAGUUUGAAAACUUGUCUGAAGCAAAAACUGCAGCCAGUCGGUUCAGAGAGAUGUUUGGUGCCCUGGGAAUCCCUGUGGAAAUUGACAUUUUGGAACAAGGCCCUAAAAAAAUGGAGUUGCGUAUUGGAAAAGCAGCCCCACCUGCACUCGAGAAGUUUGCGCCACCAGCAGCAAGACCUCCUCCACCUUUACUGACUUCUGAUACAGCUCCCAUGUUCAUGACGGAACUUCAGAACCAAGAGGUGCAAGAUGGAUAUCCGGUGAGCUUUGACUGUAUUGUCGUUGGCAAACCACUCCCCACGGUUCGCUGGUUCAAGGAUGGGAAAGCUAUUGAAGAAAACGACCAUUACAUGAUCAACGAGGACCAGGAAGGCUGCCAUCAGUUGAUCAUCACAGCGGUGGUCCCUACUGACAUGGGUGUUUACCGCUGCCUUGCUGAAAACAACAUGGGAGUUGCUUCAACCAAAGCUGAGCUUCGAGUGGACUUGACCAGUACUGAUUAUGAGACAGCAGCAGAUGCAACAGAGACCUCCUCCUACUACAGUGCCAAAGAGUAUAUUUCAAGCCGCGAGCAGGAGGAGUCUACCACUGAAGAGGAGCAGUUGCCGCAGAUCCUCGAUGAGCUUCAUGAUGUUCAUGUGGCACCUGGUGCACCUUUGGCAAAAUUUCACCUGAAAGUGAAAGGGUACCCAGAGCCUCGCCUCUAUUGGUUCAAGGACGGACAGCCGUUAAAUGCCUCGGACCGGAUCCUGAAGAUCGAUAAAAGAGAAUUCCACUCACUGGAAAUUCUCAAUGUCUCCAAGGCUGAUGCUGGCCAAUACUCAAUAUUUGUCAUUAACUCUGCUGGUUCUGCCUACUCAUCAGCCAGGCUGGUAGUCAAAGGACCUGAUGAGCAGGAAGAACCACAAGAAACAGAUGCCCAUGAACAGCUGAUACCACCGAGGUUCCUGGAAAGAUUUACUAACAAAAAAGUUAAGAAAGGUGCAAGCAUCACGUUUUCUGUUAAAGUUGAAGGAUAUCCACUACCAACUAUCACUUGGCUGAAAGAAGAGUCUCAGGAAGACAUCCUUUGGAUCAAACCAGACACUCCUGGGUAUAAACUCGCCAGUUCGAAUAUGCAUCACAGUCUAAUCCUGUUGGAUGUUAAAAAGAAGUACAGUGGACCUUAUACAUGCAUUGCUACCAACAAGGCUGGCCAGUCCAUCUGCACUGCCACCCUAGAAGUGGCAGAUGUGAAAGAGGCUGAAGUUCUGACCCAGGAGCGCAUGAUGGUAUCGGAAGCUAUAAUGACCACACUGGGAACUGUGCAUCCAUCUGAAGCAAGAGUAGGAGACGUUGAUGGUGAGGCUGGUAAAGAAGGUGUACCCAAAAGCCCUGUUUCCUUAGCUGAUGUUGGGACAGAAGAGUUCUUCCAGAAACUCACCUCCCAUAUCUCAGAAAUGGUAUCUGCAAAAAUAAGUCAAGCCACACUUCGGGUACCAGGGGCAGAUAGCGACGAUGAAUCAAAAACUCCCUCUGCAUCUCCUCGCCAUGGUCGAUCCAGGCCUUCCUCCAUUGCUCAGGAGUCCUCCUCUGAAUCUGAAGAUGGGGAUUCCCGAGGAGAGAUCUUUGACGUCUACAUGGUCACUGCUGACUUUGUGCCUGCUGUGCCUGACAAGGAGGCCAUCACUUUGAAGGAAGGGCAAUAUGUGGAAGUCCUUGACUCGGCUCAUCCACUGAAGUGGCUAGUCAGAACCAAACCCACAAAAUCUAGCCCCUCUCGACAGGGCUGGGUAUCUCCAGCUUAUCUGGACAAGAAAUUAAAGUUGUCACCAGAGUGGGGAUCAGCAGAAGCUCCUGAAUUUCCCGGAGAAUGUGUUUCUGAAGAUGAAUAUAAAAGGAAGCUGACCGUGCUUAUUCAGGAAUUGCUGAUCUCAGAAGAGGAUUACAUUCAAGAUUUACAGUUCUUGCAGACUCAUCACCUCAAGUACACUGAGACCUGUCCCAACGUCCCAGGAGCUAUUUCUAGUCAGAAAUCCACCAUCUUCAGAAAUAUCAAAGACAUUGCUCGUUUCCAUUCCAGUGUCUGCCUCCGAGACUUGCGGAAAUGUGAUACGGAUGAUGACGUGGCCAUGUGCUUUAUUAAGCAUGAAGCAGAAUUUGAUAAAUACAUCCAGUACCUGGUGGGGCGGAUACAGGCUGAGUCAGUUGUUGUCAGCAAAGCUGUCCAGGAUUUCUACAAGAGAUACACAGAUGAAAUUUUAGCCGCUGAAGAUCCUUCACAUCCACUUAUCCCACCACUGCAGCACUAUCUGGAAAAGCCCAUAAACAGGAUCCAACAGUAUCAGACUAUUAUCAAGGAAUUAAUUCGAAACAAAGCAAGAAAUAGCCAAAACUGUGCUUUGCUGGAGCAGGCUUAUGCCAUUGUAUCCGCACUCACCCGAAGAGCAGAAAACAACCUCCAUGUCUCGCUCAUUGAGAAUUAUCCAGGGACCUUGGAAAGCCUCGGUGAACCCAUCCGACAGGGCCACUUCAUCGUGUGGGAAGGAGCUCCAGGAGCCAGAAUGGCAUGGAAAGGACACAAAAGACAUGUCUUCCUCUUCAAGAAUUAUAUAGUCAUCUGCAAACCCAAGCGAGACACGAGAACAGACACGUACAGUUACAUCUUCAAGAACAUAAUGAAGCUCAACAACAUAGACGUGAAUGAAUUUGUGGAAGGAGACGACCGGGCGUUUGAAAUCUGGCACGAACGGGAAGACUCGGUCCGCAAGUACCUCCUUCAGGCGCGUACCGUAAUUAUCAAGAAUUCCUGGGUGAAGGAAAUCUGUGGCAUACAGCAACGGAUCAGUCAGCCUAUCUGGAUACCUCCGGACUUUGAGGAAGAACUGGCAGACUGCACAGCUGAGCUUGGAGAGACAGUCAAGCUGGCUUGCAAAGUCACAGGAGCUCCCAAGCCAUCUGUCUGCUGGUAUAAAGAUGGGAAGCCAGUGGAGGUGGAUCCCCAUCACAUUAUAAUAGAAGAUCCUGAUGGCUCCUGCACACUGAUCUUGGACAACCUAGCAGGCAGCGACUCAGGACAGUACAUGUGCUUUGCUUCCAGUCCUGCUGGAAGUACCAGUACGUUAGGAAAGAUCCUUGUUCAAGUGCCACCACGGUUUGUGAACAAGGUUAGAAAUGCUUAUUACAUUGACGGUGAAGAUGCUCAAUUUACCUGUACUAUUGAAGGAGCACCUAGGCCUCAGAUCAGGUGGUACAAAGAUGGUGCACUGCUGACAGACACCAGUAAAUACCAGACUUUCACUGAACCACGGAGUGGCAUAUUAGUCCUGGUGAUCAGGAACCCUGCCAGGGAAGAUAUGGGAUACUAUGAAUGUGAACUGGUGAACAGAUUAGGGUCGGCAAAAAGUGGAGCAGACCUUUACCACCAUAGUGCAGCAGCCCUGACCCAGGACAGGAGAGGAGAGCAAGCCAUCACUAUAGAAGUCACUGAGCAAGAGACUAAAGUGCCCAAGAAAACCAUCAUCAUAGAGGAAACAAUAACCACUGUGGUGAAGAGCCCAAGACAGAAGGGAAGGGUUUCUCCUGCACGUCCUUCUUCAGGUUAUUCGCCUUCCCGCUCCCCAAGAGCUGAGCCAACUCCAGAACCGGUUUAUGUGUCAAAGAUCAGACAGCCAGUCCACAGACGUGAGCAGGAGGCAAUGCCAAAGUCUACUGUUCCCAUGCUUUUUGUAACAGAACCAGGGGACAGGCAAGGAGCAGCAGCUGGAGAUAUCGUCAUAGAGACCAAGGUGGAAGAGCAAAAGCCCAAAUGGGUUGAAGUUGAAGAAAUAAUUGAAUUCAAGGUGAAAAAAUCCCCCAAACCUACGAGGAAAAGAGGAUCUUCCCCAGCAAAACAAGAAAAGGAUGACUCAGGGGUGUUAACAUUCACUUUUCCCAGCUCUAGGCCUAGGCGUUCCCCAGAUGAUGAUCCAAACACAAACAACUCCAACAAUAAAUUAGUGGAACAGUCAAAGUCAUCUUUGCCCAAAGACAAUCUCUCUGAUGUGGAUAUCCAGCCCCUGGCAUAUGCAGCCGAUCAGGAAGGACCUCCAGUCAGCAGUGAAGACAGAAGUUCUCCUUGUGGAUCUGAACAGCUAGGAAGCAAUUCAUUUAUCGAUUAUGGAAGCGAAGGAAAGGGCUACACGCAGGAAGCAAGUGCUAACUAUGUUUCAGAAGUCACUUCCCCAUUGCUUGCCUGUGGGGGUGAGACUUUGGUCUUCAGUUUUAAUACAGCUGCUGGAGACAGCCCUGAACUUCUAUUCUCCCCAGUGAGUGCACAGGUUAAAAAAGAGGCAGACGAACUAGACACGUCUUGGCCUGUUGAAGAAGAGGUUCCAGAAGUAACACAAGAUAUUCUUCCGGAAGAGGAUAAUGUCAUUAUAGUUGAUGAACCAGAGGAACUACAGAUAGAUGACAUCAGCACCCGGGACCGCAAAAUCCUAACCCACAAUGGAAAAGUACUAACUUUGGAGGAUCUUGAAGAUUAUGUUCCUGAAGAAGGUGAGACCUAUGGAUGUGAUGAUCAGAGCCAUACAGCAGACAAACCCUGCGAAAUCUCUGUGCUCCAGACAGAGAUUAAUGAGCCAACGAUUGGGAAGCCGGUGCUGCUGAAUCUGGGGAGACCUGUUGUUCCUCAGCCAAGACAGAGAUUUUUCAGCAAGUUUGAGGAGCACGUUCCAGGAGGCGUGUUUGUGUCAGCCUCUAGAGUAACUGGCGUGCAGUCUGCAGGCCCCUCAAACAUCUCUUUCCACGUCAGUGAUACCUGCAUGACAGCAUCGCCUGGAGUGCAUGCGGCAGCGGCAGCAGCAUCUUGUGGUCCCUCCUUCACAGUGAAACCGUCCUUCUGCACAGAAGUCCAGCUCUCAGCAGACAACGGGCAGUCAAGCUUUAAAACUGAAGUUUCCACAAGAACCCUCAGCUAUGGAACAAUUGGCAAGCCUGUUACGUUGCAUAUCAGCACAGAAGACCUCUCCCAAAGCUGAGCAGAUAUAAGCAUAGUUUUCAAAACAAAAGAAAGCAACAUUUUUUUAAAAAAAAAAAAGAAAAUGUUCUAAGUGAAGGGAAUUGGUGGUGAGGAUUGCAAGGAAACAUGUGCAAGGGAAUACCUCUGAGAAAAUGUAUUUAAAUAUAACACGUAGAGCUUUUCCAGUCUUAAAGGGAACAUGUAUGUCAGAUCAGUUUAUAAUUUUAAAAGCUUUGGUCAAGGUGAACAUAUAUCAUUCCAUAGUGAAACAGUGAUGGUAGGUUUAGGAAAAGCCUGGUUCUCCUACCUGUGAUGAAAAUAUAAAUGACAUUUUUGUCCAUGAACUUAAAAAUGAUUUAAAGUGCUAAUUUGUAAAUUAUGGUGUAGCAAGAAGGUGAAAGAAUCUAAACUUUUCAACAUCUUUCAGCAGCCAGGAUGGGAGCAGUGUUUUCACCUAAAGCAAACUCCCGUCACUGUGUGCACCAGAAGGUCAUGAAGCUUCACACUGCUUUGACUCUACUGUAUACUUUUGACACCAAUUAGCUCUACCAAAAAUUUCUUCAUAAACCUUUCAACAUGCACAGUCUGGUUAAAGUUGUUGUAAACUUCUACUGCAGAAUGAAACAUAUAGAAAAUACUGCAUUUACUAGGAACGUAAAGGAAUGCUCAAACCUUUUGGCUGAAAUCCUAAUUUGACUGAAGUCAGUGGUCAAAGUCCCACUGACUUGAGGAAGACAAGGAUUUCACUAUUCUCUUCCAAUUUAAGUUAAAAAAAAAAAAGACCGUCUUUUUAAAAUGACCUCUGUUUUCAAGUCCACUUCCUAGUUGUCUAAAGAUACAGGUUUCAUUAUUCUGCAUUCGAGUAUUACGGAUUUAUAAACCAUAUUUGUUAAGAUACGAAUUUGCCUAAUGUGCACUGCAAGGCGAAAGGAUGGCACAAAAUGCCUACUGCAUCUCUAAUCAGAAGCUAAUACGUAUAAAGAAUGACAAAUGGGGUCUUUGUGGCAAAACGUUAGAAGGAUAAACUGGAAUAUUUGAUCUCCUAUACAUGCCAGUGGUUAAACAUUGCUGUUAACAGACUGGUGGUGAACGUCUCCUAAAUUUGCUAAAAAGAAUUUGCCACUGAGCUACAGCAAAAUGCAGGAACACAAAGACAAUAAAAAGAAAAAGAAGAGAGAGCUUUGCCACAAAUAUCUGGUUGAAAAAUAAACCUGGUUAUAACGUUAAGAUAAAUUAGGCUUCGUGGAAGCAUUGCAUCGUAUUACUGUAGCCGUGUGUGUUCAGCUCUGUUGUAGAGGUCACAUCUCCCGCGGUGGGUCGAGUUGCCCUGGAGCUUUGCCACGGGGGUGCCAAAUGCACAGGGAAGGCUAGGAGUAUGGUUAAGAAUGUUAUUCUUCAAGAGACUGAAUGCCACUGAGAUAUACUGGGCAUGGCCUAUUCCUGUUGGCUUCACUAAAAGUGGAUAUCACGUAGACCUUCCAAAAGUUGCUCUGUCCCGAAAAGAAACGGGCUCGUGGGCCCUAAUGUUGGCUCCUAGGCCCAGCUGAAUAUUGGUUGAAGUCACCUGGAGUUUGUCAUUGCUCUCAAUAGGACCAAGCACUGGCCCUGCCUAUCUGACGGAGGUAGGAGGCGAAGUCCAACACAUUCUCCCAGCUGAGUUGUGUGCAACAAACUUUUCCCUUUGGGUUGCACAGUGAAACCGGAAAUGCUCAGACACAGUUGAAUUUCUAACUAGCCUGAGGGGACUGAGUGAGUUUUUUCCUAGAAAAUGUUGGCGUAUGAUGGUCUGUCUUGGUGUUUCCCAGCUAGGUAAUACCGUGAAACUUGUUCUAGAGUCCUCCAGGCGAUAUUCCCACUAACAGGGAUUGAAUUUAAGAAAGGUGCUUGUAGAAAAUAAUACUUUUUUUUUUCCUGUGGCUGCACCUUGAUCAUAUGGUGACUGAAGUGAAUGCAUUGAUUUUGCAGCCUAUUUCAUUGCAAUAUCUGAACAUAAUAUUAUGUGUAAUAACAUGUGCACUGCACUCAUAAUACAGGACACUUUUCCACUGAUUACAUGUGGUGAAAAUAAAUCGAGCCUCUUUAGUGUUAACUUUCUUUUUUGAUAACAACUCUUUGGUUUAUACUGUUCAUUUUAUAAUUAAGCAAUACAAUGGAUAUAUAUUAGUGCUUUUUCAUAUAUUGCACUGUAUAUUGGAAAGUAGCAGACAUACAACACGGAAAUCCUUUUGAAACUGAAAAUAUUUCGUUCUUAUUGGCACUGAUUCUCAUCUCAGAUGUUCUAGUAUCAAUCCAGAAUAAUUCCACAGGACUAAGUGGAUUUGAUUCAGAUUUACAGAGAUGCUGCUGAGAAAAGAAUUGGUCCUAUACUAGUCUUUAAAAAUAUAAUAUUCAUCCAUAAGGCUGAUCUAGAUGUAUAAAGCAAUAUGGAGGUUUCCUCCUGAUCUGAUUCAUGCUUAUUUUUGGUUUUUUUUCUUUUGUUUUUCUUUUAACAAGCUGAAAAGUUGUAGUUCAGAUGGUCAUAGAAAAAUCAAAGCAAUUAACAUCUGUUUACAUUUUCUUUUGAAAUUUAAGCAGAAGAGAAUUAAUUGAAAGGAAUUUUUAAAAUCCUGUGUAAGACUGUUCAGAAACUGAAAGGUUUAUGAAAAGUCUAUUAUGUUUAUUUUCAAAAUAUUUUCCUAGAGGUUAAUAAUUAUGCUUAUAAGUGAUUAAACUGUGUAGAUAACUAAUGAGAUGUGUGGGGAUUUAUUUCAUUUAGAUGAAAACAUACAGUUGUAUUAAAAAAUUUGAUACAAAGAAUGUUUUACUAUAGUUCCUGCAGGUAAAUUAAAGAAGUGGAAACCUCAGUUGGCUUGGGAUGCAAAACAACAGGACAAAGCAAAUUGAAUGAAAAAUAUAUUAGAUGGUGAAUUGAUACUAAUAAAUGUCAUGCAUCAGCUAUCACUUA